AUGGCCUCCGUGGCCUCCAUGGCCGUGUCGCUGGUCGCACGUGGCAUUUAUCACGAGACUUCCCCAGCCAUGCAGACCAGAGCCCAGAUCAAUCCGACACUCAUGAUGAGCUGGUGGGCUACCAUAUUCUCCUUGCUUAUCAUCAUCGUCAUGAUGAUCAGUGUCAUUCCCCUGGUAAUUCGCAUGGUCCUCGUGCAUUUCGUUCUCAUCUUGGGGACCAACAAUACCACCACCACAGGCUUGACAGAGCAGGAGAUAUCGAACAGAGAACUGGGCAGUAAGCUGGUUCUUGCUGCACGUAUCUUCUACGCCAUCUUCAUCUGGACGGCCAAAGUGACCGUGUGUGAAUUCCUAAAGCGAGUCACAGGGCUUUCCUGGCGCCGAUCGACAACUUUCUUCCUCCGCUUCAUCUCCUACUUCCUCUUCUCAACUUUAGUAGCCGUGGUCAUCGCAACCCUGGCCGAAUGCCAGCCCUUCCACCACUACUGGCAGGUCAUCCCAGACCCAGGCCCAACCUGUCGCACCGGCUACGUCAACCUAAUAACCAUGGGCACCUGUGAUGUGAUAACCGACCUUCUACUCGUGGCCAUCCCAAUCCCUAUAAUCCUCAUGGCACAAAUGCCUCUAAAACGCAGACUCACCCUAUCAACCCUCUUCUGUCUAUCUCUGAUCUUAGUCGGCAUAACCUCCUACCGCGUCCCCUCCGUAAUCGAACACCAAGGCUCUCAACCCUACCGCUCCCUCCUCGCCUCCCUCGAAAUCCUCGCCGCAACAGCAGUCUCCAACGUCCUCGUCAUAGGCUCCUUCGUCCGAGACCGCGGCAUCAAGAAACUAAAAUACAAACGCGCCCAAGGCUCCGCCUCCGUCUCAGAAAGCAUGGACAAAUCCUUCAUCCGCAGAAACACGGUCAUGCAACACCAAUGGGGCUCAGACUCGGAAUUAGCAACUGGCCUAUGCAUCCGUCUAGACCCAGACGUGUACACCAUCCCAGAUCCAGACGAAACACGUCUGCCUAGACCAGCUCCAACAGCCCCACCAGCUCACGUCCCACUAGCAGUUGCUCGCACCGGCACCCUCGAUCCGACAUGGUCGUUCGCAACAACCCGUCACUCAGACGACGACCGUAUCUCGGCGACAGAAAGUCUCGAGCGCAAGGUCUCGCCGCACGAGUAUCUGCGCACAAGCCAGUCCCCGCGCGAGAUCUCCCCUUCAUCGCAGACGCGCCGCGUGUCGCUCUCAGAUGUCGGCGGUUUGUUGACAAGAGCACUCCCGGAGUCUGGGUCGGAUCAUGUGCGCGCCCAGACGUGUCUGUCCUCGCCGGUGGAAGGUGUGCAGCGCCGUCUGGGUGGGGGCAGUAGGGCUUUCCUAGAGGAUUUGGGAAUUUUUGGGACACGCGCUGCUGCGAAUAGGCCUCGGCCGCCGCAUUCUGGCCCUGCGGACUUGCCGUUUCCGCCGGCGGCUUUUGGUAACCGUUUGAUUUCGGUGUCUGGUUCUUCGGAUGCCACGCUUGAUGCUGAUGUCGAGCUUCAUGAUGUUGGUGGGUUGUUGGCACGACGUGAUCAUUAA